AUGAAAAACCAAAUUUUCUCUCGUGUUGCUGCUUAUGGCAGAGCACGCUUGGUAGGGACUAUGCCAGACAAAACAAAAUUUAUUAGUCAAGAUGGGACGUAUCCUAAGGGAUUCUUGAUUAAUGGUGUUUCCUCUGGCGUAAAAGCCAAUGCCAAAAAGGAUUUAAUGGUUUUGUUUUCUCCUACUCCCUGUAAUGCAGCAGCUGUGUUCACAAAAAAUGCAUUCCAAGCAGCUCCUGUUCAGGUCUCUCGUUCCGUUUUACAAGAAAACCGCGGUACCGGAAUUCAUGCGGUGGUCGUGAAUAGUGGUUGUGCGAAUGCCGUUACCGGUGAAGGCGGUAUUCAAGAUGCCAAAGCAAUUGCAAAGACUACAGACGAAUUGACACAACCUCUGAGGAAGCUAUUGAACAAAAAGGAUUCCAUGUCUUCUACUUUAUUGAUGUCAACGGGGGUGAUUGGUCAACGAUUGAAACUCGACAAAAUUCAACAAGGACUUGGUGCUACUUUUAAAGAUAUGGGAUCUUCCCAUCAACAUUGGAUGAAUGCUGCCCAAGCCAUCUGUACCACGGAUACCUUUCCCAAAUUAGUUUCCAAACAAGUCAAGGUAGCUGAUCGUAUCUAUACCAUCGCCGGUGCCACGAAAGGCGCUGGAAUGAUUAAUCCCAAUUUAGCCACUCUCCUUGGAUUUUUUGUCACAGAUGCUCCCAUUGCUCCUGAUGCCGUCCAGUCCAUCCUUCGCCACGCAGUCACAAACAGCUUCAACUCAAUUAGCAUUGAUGGUGAUACAAGCACAAAUGAUACCAUCGCGUUUCUUGCUAACGGUGCUGCUGGUGGUUCUGAAAUUACUUCCACUUCUUUAGAGUACGAACCCAUUCGUGAUGCUAUUACUGGGCUUGCCCAAGACCUUGCAAAGCUGGUGGUUCGUGAUGGUGAAGGCGCUACCAAGUUCGUAACCGUUCGAGUUCAUGGGGCAAAGUCAGUAGAAGAUGCUACAAUCGUAGCUUCUACCAUCAGCAAUUCGGCUUUAGUCAAAACUGCCUUCUUUGGCGAAGACGCCAAUUGGGGACGUAUUCUCUGUGCUGUCGGGUACUCUGGUGCUACUAUUAAUCCCACUGCAACUUCUGUAAGCUUUGUUCCCGCCGAUGGCUCCAAAACAUUGAAGCUCCUUGUCCACGGUGAGCCUCAAAACGUGAACGAGACUCGUGCUAGCGAAAUCUUAGCUCAAGAAGAAUUGACUGUAGAUGUUGAUCUUGGAAGCGGUCCUUUCGAAAAGACAAACUGGACUUGUGAUUUCUCCUAUGAUUAUGUACGCAUCAAUGCUGAUUAUCGCAGUUAA